CUAUACGAUGUUUAUUAAAAUUUGACAGCAGGUUGUCGCGAAAAUGUCAACGUCUAAACUUAAGACUUGGGUUUUUAUUUUAUUUGUUUAAAAGUAAAGUGGAAUGUUGUUCGAGAGUUAGUGUCAUUGUUUUAUCGUGUUUAUUUUCGUUAUCUGUGUUUUUUGUUUAAAUUUCUCAUGGAACCACAAGCUCUUGGAGUUUAUAUUCCCGUAGUAUCUCCCAAUCAGCUAUGCCGCUGGGGCGAAGCUGCCAACACCAAUUCAGUUACAAAGUACAGGGAUACUGUCAAGAACUCAAUCACUUCACCCUUUCCGUACAAUCAAUCCAUUAACUCCAAAGUUAUUCUGUGGGAUGGUGAUAUUUCUUUGCUCCAAGUAGAUGCUGUUGUUAAUCCCACAAACGAAUCAAUGACUGAGAGCAACCCUGUUAGCGAUAGAAUAUACCAGAGAGCUGGGAACUCUUUGACAGAUGAAAUGAAAAGGGACAUUAAAGAAUGUCGUACCGGGGAGGUGAAGGUGACCCAGGGCCACUCAUUGUCAGCACGCUAUAUCAUACAUACAGUUGGCCCCAAGUACAACAUUAAGUAUCAAACAGCAUCUGAAAAUACUUUGCAUACAUGUUACAGGAAUGUCCUUCAGAAGUCAAAGGAGUUAGGAAUCAGGUCAGUGGCUAUUUCAGUUAUUCAUUCGGUUAAGAGGAACUAUCCUCCCGACGAGGGGGCUCACAUAGCAUUACGUACUGUACGUCGUUUCCUUGAGCGUCAUGGCAGCUCACUCGACACUGUGAUAUUUGUUGUUGACAAAGUAGAUUUAGGUAUAUAUGAAGUCCUGUUGCCUUUGUACUUCCCACGAUCCAAGGAGGAAGAAAAUGUGGCAAGGUAUCAGUUACCAAAAGAUGUAGGUGGCCCAGAUGGGGAGCCAGUAAUGCCAGAUCGCCAAAUCCGUAUUAUUGACAAUCCGCAGCAUACAUUGCAGACUGAUGAAGAAUGCGUGGACCUGUCCCCUCAUCUUGAGGUGUCACUGGGCGAGCAUGCGACCUUCUCACAGAUGCAGGGCGACCUGGACAGGCAGCGGCUUCUCGGAGAACGCUCCCUGUCCGAUCCGAUUGCCGACCUCAUGCUCAAAGAGAUCCAGCACCAAGAACGAUACGAAAAGCUUCUGAGACGGGCGAGAACGGAAGACUUGACCGAAGUGUCCGGUAUUGGAUGCCUGUACCAGAGCGGAGUGGAUAGACUCGGCAGACCAGUGGUCGUCUUUGUGGGAAAGUGGUUUCCAUUCACCAAAAUUAAUUUAGAUAAGGCUCUUUUAUACUUAAUUUACCUCUUGGACCCUAUCGUCAAAGGUGACUACGUGAUAGCAUAUUUCCAUACCCUGACCUCAAACAGCAACUACCCGUCGUUCUCGUGGUUGAGGGAAGUCUACAAUAUCCUGCCGUACAAAUAUAAGAAAAACCUGAAGGCGUUCUACAUUAUACAUCCCACGUUUUGGACGAAGAUGAUGACAUGGUGGUUUACUACGUUUAUGGCGCCAGCAAUCAAACAAAAGGUGCACAGCUUACCGGGCAUUGAGUACUUAUAUUCAGUAAUGGCGCCUGAUCAGCUGGAGAUUCCGAUGUUCAUCACUGAAUACGACAUGACGGUGAACGGCUUGAGGUAUUUUCAACCCGGAGGUGCGACAACAUAAACUCCCUUUUAUACCCGAAGCGUAAAAGCAAAAUAAUACUAGUAUUACCGCAAACCCAAGUGAUAAUUUGCAAUAUUAUAUCAAAAAAAAAAAACUACUAUCGUUAAGCAUGUGCCAACAUACUUUUAUUAAAUACUAACAAAAGAAGAAAACAAUUUGGCAAAAUAGACGAUAUUUUUAGUAGGAUAAAUGGGGAAACGUUAAAAAAAUUAGAUAGCGAAUUUUUACGAAAAUGUUAUGAAAAAAGCAGUUAUAUGUCGAUAUGUGGUACCAAGUGUGAUUGGUACUUCAAAAAACAAGUGCUGAAGGUGUCUUUCUUGAUGAACCCAACAUUAAUGUAUAAUUUGUUAAGAAUUGAACGUUAUUGGGGCCUAACUUGUAUUUUUACUGUUUGAGACGCUGUCUGUGAUUGCAGAAUUUUUUUAGCGGCAACAUUAUAGCGUACGGCGUUGUGUACAAUUUUAAUUUGAUAAUAGGAUUCUACGACAGUAUGUGGUCUUAACUGUGGAUUUUUGACACUGACGUCGAAAUGUUGUCCUGCAAAAUUGUUCGUCAUAUUGGUACUAAUACAGUUUCAUUAUUUAUAAUUAGCGAUUUAAUAUAAAUAUGUAUCUGGCAUAAUAAUUGUGACAGUAUACAUCACUUCAGUCGACUUUGUCUUUCACUAUACUUACUCCAUUGGUACUCCAUAAGUUGUGAACUUAGAACUACAGGAGGCUAUAAGAAGAAGAUACAUCAAUAAAUUUGAAUUUGUUAAAAAUAUUUCUCACUUUAUGGAAACGUAUUUUCAAAUUGUAGUUGGAUAAAUGUUUUCUCACUCUUUGUUUUUUUCAUCUCUAUAAGGAUUCGCAUAGGAUGAUGGUGUAUAUCUCAGACCCUUCUCACGGAGGCACUUUUUGAGGGGACAACAAGUUAGUCGCCGCCCGCCGUGAAACUGGCCAAAUGGCCUGUUCGUAGUAAAAAAAAACUGUAGCUGUAAACCUACAAUAGUCGGUUUCUGAUACUCGUGAGGCGCUUACUUGUACUAAACCUUAAAAAAAUAUAUUUCGUAUAAUUUGUAUCUAGGGUAACAUCAAAUUAAGUUCAUUGACGAAGUGAAUUUCAGUCUCAUCAACAUUGCGAUUUAUCUUGUUCUUUGUAGUCUCCUGUACUUGGAAAUAUUAUUGUGAAAAUGCUAUCAUAAACAUAAUUUUAUUAGUCUGAACACUCAUGUAGUGAUUGUACUUUGAGUAGUUCCACAGUUUUGUUCAUGGUUCAAUUACAAAAAUAAGGGCAAUGGUUAUCAUUUAAAAAAUUUGUGUGCCAUAGUUGUGAUUAUCUGCAAAAUAAUGAACAGUUUCUUCAAUUUUCCGGCUUUUCGCCAAUAUUGUCAACCAUACUACCUGUGCCAUAGGUAAUGACAACAAUUGGAUUCAAAAAGGAAUUUUCUAAUCGCAAAAUAGGUUAAGGCCCUGCAAAUGGUCGCUUGCUUAUAUUUUGUGUUAAUUUAUAGGCGAAAAGUAAUUCGUAGUGAUAUAUAGUGCUCGAUUAAGGUCACCAAAUAUUCGUUCAUGGCAAUUUAACAUUCCGUACUGAAUAGAUAAGCUUCAGUUUUAAAAAAACGUAUACCGGACAUUUCAUUUUUUUUUCGUCAAAACAAAAAUCGUUUUUCAUUUUCAGUCCUAAUUUUAAAAUAUGCAUAACACCACCUACCACAGUAAUUUCGUUUUUAACUUGAAUAAGGAAAUACUUUUUUAUUUCGAAUAUGUAGGUCUGUGUUUAUUUUUUUUAAGCGCAUAUUUUUACAAAAUUUUUCAUUCUGUAAAUAUUUCUUUUGACGGAAAAAAGUGAAGUACCCAUAAAACAAUAUUAUCGCGUGGUUUGUAAUAUUGCAAAUAUAAGGAAAAAUAAGAGAAUUUUCACCGUUUUUAGUCCUUAGAUUGUUAUUGCAUUUGCAUCGUAUUUUAUAAGGUCGUUAAAUUUUCUAGAUUCGAUAGAGAUAUUGUUUUUAGCAGUUUUAAACAAGUUUAUUUUAAGAUGAUUUUCAUAUGUAACGGGAAUAACGUACUAAAUAUACAAUCUUACGAGAAUCUUUUUUGGCAUGAGUUUUCCUUGCUUUGUAUAAUAAAAUGAAAGUAAGUGGUGGAGUAGACAUGUCAUUAGCAUAGCGGAUCAACGCUGAUGGACCGCUCUCAGAAGAGUGUAUUGCAAUUAUAUUCCGUGUGGGAUGAUUAAGUUUUGUCUACAAAUACCACGAUUUUCUGUUCCAAAUUAAGAGAUCUCGUAUAAAACGUAUAUAAAUUAAGUUCAUUUUAUGUAUAUGGUGUGUGCUAAAUUACUAGAAUAAGGACAAGGGUACUUUACCUUUUGGGUUAUCUAAAGUGGUUUUUAGAAUAUGGCUUUCGUUUUUAAUUGACGCUAUUUCAUUCCAAAAAUCAUUUUGAAAUGGAAACUAUAACCAAAAGUAUAUAGCCCCUAGUUCUGUUUGUUUCAUCAUUGGCCACCACGUGUUUGUUAUGUCUUUGUUAUGUUAAGAUUUAACCUUAUUUUUAUUAACCACUAUAAUAUAUUUUUCAAUUCUGUUUUUAUGCCCUAAUCUUGCAGCAAAUAACCGAACUGAUAACCUUUUUAGUUUUAGUGAUCGUAUUUUUUUCUUCCCUCCGUGGGUCAUGACACCCCGCACCCUCCAACCAGAACACGGAAUUGAUGUUCGUAUAUGGUUUAAUAUUUUUGUAUAAUUUGUAAGUAUACCUUUAUUGUCAACUCAACUAGCACUUUUACUUUGCUUUGGUGUUAGUUGAGGGGCGUCGUUUGUUGGUGAAUCGUCCCGCGCAUCAUAAAUAAAGUUAUUCUCAU